AUGUCGAUGCAGUCUUUCCCUCGCUUUUUCCUCCGCACGGGCCCGACUCGCGGCUAUGGACGAGUUCUCGCAGCACGAGCGUUUAGCGACCAGACCAAGACGCCGUUCAACACUCGACUUCCAACGUCGCCCGAUGUAGGCGAAGGCUCUACUGCCUCGCGUGGAGGAAGCUCCAGCUCUUCCUUCGACCCAGCCAACCCUCCCAGUCCCACUGGACCUAAAGCGUCUUCCCAAGAAACACAGUAUGCAGGGUUCUCGACCGACCAUGCGAAAACUAUCCCAAAGAUGGAGGAGGAAGGCUACGAUCUAUCUCUCGAACAGUCUUCCCAGUUCCCUACCGAGAGCGUCCAAGCCGGUGGAAAAAACAACAGCGCGUCGAAUCCCGAGUUCGAUAGCGCCGCUUUGACGGGUAGCGGGGCCGUCUUUGGGAAAUCGGAGAAGCACCGGGGCACGUUCCACAAUGAUACAUUCUCAAGUGGAACAGAGGGCAGGCCUGCUUAUAGUGUGGGUGGAAAUCCGAAUAUGGCGUUCGCUGCCAACCAGGACUUGGGCGAUUCGUCGGGUCGCGCGGAAUUUGCCAGGGCUGGAGGGACGGCUGGGUCGUUUGAUGGGUUUAGUGGUCGGAGUGGUGGAGGAAGUGCGAGUUCGAGUGGAACUGGUUCUGGAUCUGGAAACAACCCACCGCCGCCGAUUGAUGAAGGGUAUUAUGGCGAAUCAGAAGCUGCGAGCAACAAGAGCCCUUCUGCCGCCCUCGGUCCAUGGCUCACCGCUGUCCUGAUUGCUGGAUUGGGUAUCACUGCCUUCGGGGUCGGCGAGCUCUGGGGCACUCUCACCAUCUGGCCUUCCGAAUUGCGAGGGGACCUUCGUCACGGGUUGCGCGAACUUCUCAAGUCAGGGUCCUCCUCACUCUCGCCGUCCUCCAAACGCUCAGCCCGUGAUCUGUCCAUACAAUACCUCCAACGCGCGUGGCACCAUGCUCUCCAACUCCCGCUCUCCAAGUUUGGAAAAGAGCCCUACCUCAAGACAACGGGUAUUGCGAUCGCCUUGGCCGGUGUAUACGAGGAGGACGGGAGUCUCUCAAAAGCCUAUGGAGUGUACAAAGAGGCUCUGGGGAGCCUGCAAACCGUAGGCGUUCAAUCGUCUUCGAGUGCUUCCGAUUCGUACACCUCCGUCGAUUCAUCCACCUCGAAAGAAUCAUCGACCACGCCCGACGCGACUGCUCCUCUCCUCCCCAAUUUGACCCCAAAGGAACGUAUGCGUGCGGUGGCUAUCUCUUACAAGCUCGCCGAACUUGCGGAGAAGAUGCAUCUCAGCAAGGAUGAAGAGGAGAAGUGGCUGGUGUAUAGCGUGGAAACGAUUUUGAAAGACGUCAUGGGCAAAGGCAAUGUCGUUGAAGAACUUGCUGUUAGCGAUGGGAAGUCGGAGACGAGGGUGAUGAUGGAGGAGCUUAACCUCCCUGGCUGGGUUAUGAAACACGAUCUGGCAGCUCCGUUUGAAGCACUCGGAACGUUCUACGCGGGGCAAGGCAAAGUCCACUAUGCGAUGCCGCUUUACCUGCAAGCUAUCGCCAUCCUCAUUCCUCCUCCACCUCAAGAAUCGAGCACGGAUGAUCAAUGCCGCGCUGCGCAACUGAUGGGCAACAUCUCUGAACUCAUAAUCCGUGGCUCAGCGCCGUCUCAUUCUUUGCGCUCGCCUUCGUCUCAACCCUCACCUCCCUCCGCUUUCCCAUCCUCCCCAUCAAUGGAACCUCCCCCAAGUUCUUCCUCCCGAUCCUCCUUCACGCCGUCCACGCUCGGAAUUAACGCUGGCGCGAUCAAGACCGUUCCGAGUGAAACGCUCAUGCAAGCCGAGUCAUGGGCCAAGAAGGGUUUGGAGGUGGCUGAGAGGGCGAGGAAGGCUUCGUUCGUGAAGCAUCCUACGUGCGAGGUGGCGUAUGCGCUUGGAUUGUUUAAUUUGGCUGUCCUGAGAGAGAUGUCGGGUGACGAAUCGACUGCUAGACAGCUCUUCCAUGAGUCGUUGGAUCAGUCGAAGAAGAUUGGGUUGGUGGAGGGUGUGAGGAAUGCGGAGGAUGCAAUUACGGAGAUGAGUUUGGGGAGUGGUGCGAAGGGUGAUUUGAAGGUUUAG